UCCCACUCAGCAUUCAUGGCCACUCGAUAUUCUGGGGGAGCAAAGCCCAAAGUCCAACUUGAGGAACACCAGAAAUGUCAAAUGAAGCAGAGAAGCUCAAUGUCCGAUCAAUUGGCGAUCUGGAGGACUUGGGCAAUGUGAUAUUGGCCAGUGCAAAAACAGUCAAGUCCUUCCUCUUGGAUAACAAUUUGCCAACACUGUCUUUCUCUUCUGGUGCUCCUCCGAGCUUCCCCGACUGCCCUCAGCAUGUGCGAGAAGCACGGAAUCAACUUCUUGAUGCGUCCAAAAAGAUUCACCAGCUGGCUCUCGGGCCAAUCGAUCAUCUUUUUGAAUACAUGUGCUCGCACAACAUCGGCAAUGCGUUUCGCUGGGUCUGUCAUUUUGAUGUGCCUUCGUUCGUGCCUAUCGACGGUGAUAUUAGUUACUCUGAUCUGGCAGCAAAGACGGGCGCCAACCAAGAAAUCACUCAACGCAUGCUGCGCUACCUGAUGACGAGCAAUAUCUUCCAUGAGCCCCGACCAGGUUUCAUUGCUCACACUGCUGGGUCAAAGCUCCUGACUGUCCCUGGGCCUCGAGAUCUGACCUAUUUCUCAACGCUUGAGUCUACCCAAUGGGCCGCCUCGUACGUCGAAACUUUUGACAGGUGGGGCUACUCAGGGGAACCCAACGAGACUGCCUUCAACUACACGUCAGGAAGCCCUCUCCCUAUAUACAAGGCCUGGGACUUGGAUCCGGUCAGGGGCCCUCGUUUUGCUCGCGCCAUGGACGGGUUUCAGUCUUCCCACGCCUACCAUACAGAACAUAUGGUCGCAGGAUGGGACUGGCAAAGCCUACCACCGGGAAGCACCGUAGUGGACGUCGGAGGCAGCAGGGGUACUGUAUCAUACGCACUCGCCAAGGAAUUCCCGGACCCGAACUUUAUUGUUCAGGAUCUGCCCGAAAUUAUCUCUGAGGCGCAGGGCAAGUUGAUCGUGGAAACGAGUAUUGCCUCGCGGGUCAGUUUCCUCCCGCAUGACUUCUUCACUCUACAGCCUGUCAAAAACGCCGACGCUUACUUCCUACGCAUGAUCCUUCACAACUACUCCGACAAGUACGCCAUCAAGAUCCUCCAUCAGCUGAUGCCAGCGAUGAAAAAAGGGCCAGGGGGGUCCAAGCUGUUGAUUGCGGAUCAAAUCAUGCAACCGAUGGUGGGAUGUACCUCUUGGGAUAGUACUGGUGGCGGCAGUAACCGAAUGCCUGCGGGUGAUGAGAGUUGGAUGCGAUUCUUGGACUUGCAAAUGCUCAUCAUGCUGAACGCCAAGGAAAGAGAGUUGGUGGAUUGGGAAGCUCUAUUCGAAAAAGCAAGCGAGGAACGGGAAGAGGGGGUGUUAAGGAUUACAGGCCACAGAAGGCCAGCAGGGGGCGUUCACUCCAUCAUCGUGGUUGAGCUGCUUCCCCAUGGAGUUGAGUGACAUCUGGAAGCCACCAGUUGACAUAGCACCGAUACUGUCGCAACUGGUAGUAAACCCAUUGACAUCUCAUUCAGGGAUGAGAGGUAAAUGGAACGGUUAUUUGGAUGCCCCCAAGCAACAGUCAGGCUCUUUCAGGCGGAGAAGCUGCUGUCCCUGUUUUUUAGUCAAUUGUUUCGAUGAUUCCA